AUGAUCCCAAAAGGUUCCCCUUUCACUCCAGGGAUCCUUGAGGAACCUCUCCCAAGGAUGAAGCUCCCUAGGCACAUCAAGUAUGACGGCUCCACAGAUCCCGACGAUCACAUAACUGCGUACGAAGGACAUAUGUACCUAUACACCGCAUCCUCGGCAGUAUGGUGCAAGUGCUUCCCAGCUACGCUAAGCGGUUUGGCCCAAACCUGGUUCAAAAACAUGAGGGCCGGAUCCAUCCGCAACUUCAGGCAGUUGUCGAAGCAAUUCUGUGAGCACUUUGUCAGCAACAAACGUAGGGAGAAAACAUCAGCCGAACUGUGGAGCGUGAAGCAGCGAGGGGAUGAAAGCCUAAGAGACUAUCUUGGGCGAUUCAACCGAGAAGUUGUGAUGAUACCCGAUAUUAAGCCGGACGUCGCCAUACUGGCUCUUACACAUGGCCUACGUAAAAGCAGGUAUAGAGAUUACCUAGCAAAGAAGAAUGUCUCCAACCUAGGAGCUGCUCUUGAAAAGGCGGACGAAUACAUCAGGAUUGAGGAAUUUAAUAGGACACUGGCCGUAUCCAACCAUGAUGAUUACGUCCAUCCAACGAUGGUAGACUCCAGGAAGGACGACAAAAGGGAGAAGGGUAGUCAAAGAAGAAAGGACAACUGA